UAUGUUUUACCUUCAAGAAAAACCAUUUCGUCAUUGUUAAGUAUUAAGUAUAAUCAGAUUUAUGAUCAAAUAAAGGCUAAUUUAAAUAGGAAUGUAGAGUUUGUUUCACUUACGACAGAUACAUGGACGUCAUUGAAGAAUGAAAGUUAUAUGGCCGUAACCGUACAUUUUAUAGAUGAAAACUGUGAGUUAAAUUCUCAUUUACUUUCAUGUUCCAAGUUUUCAGAAAAACAUACUAGCGAGAAUCUCAAAUCAUCACUUCUCGAGAUCACUGAAAAUUGGGGUAUUCGUAAAAAAAUUGUAGCAUAUACAUCAGAUAAUGCAGCCAAUAUCUCUUUAGCGGUGAGUUUAUGUCAGUGGGGGCAACAUUUUUGUUUUGCUCAUAAUUUGAAUUUAAUAGUACAAUCAUCAUUAAAUGAAAUUAACGAAACAAGGGAAAAAGUAAAAUCAAUAGUUGAAUUCUUUAAAAGAAGUACAAAUGCAUCUGAGAAUUUAAAUAAGAUGCAAGAGCAAUUAGGUUUUACUCCAACGCUGAUGCUUAUACAAGACGUUAUUACUCGGUGGAACUCUACAUUUGAUAUUUUCCAAAGAUUUGUGCACCUAAAGACACCUAUAAUAUCCGCAUUGUCAAAUUCAAAUCGUGACGUAGAAUUGACAUUGAGCGAUUGGAAUACCCUGACACAGUCUUGUGAUAUAUUGGAACGGUUUAAGGAAAUAACCAUAGAUCUGAGUAGUGAAAAAAGUGUAUCAAUUUCUAAAGUAAUUUUGUACAGUCAAGCAUUGAUAACAUACAGUACACAAUUAUCAACAAAAGAUCUAACUCCACAAGUAAAUAAUAUGGUCAUUCAAUUAAAGUUGGAAAUAAAUAAAAGAUUUGGAAAUUAUCUCCAUUAUGAGUCAAAUCCACUGUUGUCUGAGGCUACAUUUUUAGACCCCCGAUUCAAAAAAUAUGGCUUUCAGAAUGAACAGUCUUUUAAAAAAAUUAAAAAGAUUGUAAUUAACAAAGGUAAACGGAUAAUCACACAGUCUAGAUCUACCAUAGACCAAAAUGUAAGUGUUCCUGCUGUGGUAAACAAUAUUGGAAAAGAAAAUUCAAUUUGGCAAGAAUUUGAUGCAGGAGUUGAAAAUGUUGUACAGUCUCUGAAUCCAACAGCAUCAAUAAUCGUAGAAGUUGAUAAGUAUCUUCAAGAGCCACCAAUCCCUAGAACACAAGAUCCCUUAAAAUGGUGGGAUAACAAUAGGCAAAUAUAUCCUACACUUUAUAUAAUGAUGAAAAAGCGAUUGUGUAUUCAAGCUGCAUCAGUAUCAAGUGAAAGAGUUUUCUCGAAAAGUGGACAAAUUGUAUCGACAAAACAUAGUAGGUUAUUAAGCAAAAAGGUCGAGCAAAUUGUUUUUUUAAAUUAUAAUUUAAAAUAGGUCUACUAUAUUGUUUAAAAUUUUAAUAAAUGACUAAUGAAUCUCUAUUCAGUACUCACUAUUUUUAUUAUGCCGAUAAUGUGUCGUUUGUGUUAUAGACUAUAGUUAUGAUUUUUUUCGUUUUUGACAUAUUUUUUAUUUUGUGUUUUUGUAUUUUGAGUUGUAUAACGUGGCAUAAUAAUA